AUGUGUACCUGGAAGAAUGCUUUGGGUUCAGGCCAGAGGCCACGUGUUUUCACCACAUCCCGCGCCAACGAUAACGACGACAUCAGCGACGCCGAAUGGUCGGAAGUUGAGGCUCGGCUUGGCGAGAUGGCCGCCUCCAAGAGCCGACCCAGCGUAUCCGGUGUACGACGCAAUGAGUUCGAGCUGAUGCCCAUCUUCAUGCAGCGGGCUGGUCUGACACCGCAGCGGCUGGCGGCCCUCAACUUCCUCCACGUGGCGGGUACCAAGGGCAAGGGCUCCACAUGUGCCAUGGCGGAAUCCGUACUGCGCACAUGCGGAUACCGUACGGCGCUGUACACGUCACCGCACCUGGUGGAUGUACGGGAGCGAUUACGGGUUGACGGUCAGAUGCUGCCCCGUGCCGAGUUCGCUGCGGCUUUCCACCGAGUGUACGGCGCCCUACGGUCGGCAGCCGACCGCGACGAGGCGGGCGGCCCCGGCAUGCCCAGCUUCUUCUACUUCGUGACCAUUAUGGGUGGGGGGGGAGGGGAGGGGGGAAGGGGUGGGGGGAAAAUCGCCCGGGAGAAGGCGGGUAUCAUGAAGUACGGCAGACCGGUGCUGGUGUCCCCCCAGGAGCCGGAAGCCAUGGAGGCGCUGCGGGAGGUGGCGUCACGUGUUGGAGCACAGCUGCUACAGCCAACCCCCCUGGAGAGCUACAGCCUCCUCCCGGGGACCGGGAGCACCGGUCUUGACGCAGCUUCGUCGUCGCCUCCGUCACCGUCACCACAAUCCACGUUUGCUGUACGGCACAAAUCCGCCACUCAGCCCCCCGGCAAGCGGGACAGCACCCGGGGAAAGCCUCAGAGGGCGCGGUGGGAGGCGCAGUACGGUGCUGCCGCUGCCGCGGCCGCCGGAGAAGAAGUACAGGCCGUCACCUCGGCAACCGCGUCUAGGAGGCGGGUGGCGCUAGUGCCGGGUGGUCCGGAUGCGGCGGCGGCAGCGUUGCGAGCCGCCGCCGUACAGUCGUUGACGUUGCCGUACGAGUAUGCGGCGGGGCUGCGUAACGUACGGUGGCCGGGGAGGAGCCAGGUGGUGGAGGACGAGGUGGCGGCUUCCCGGGGGGGCGGCCGGCUCACGGUCUACCUGGACGGGGCUCACACCCCGGAAAGCAUGGGGGUGUGUGCGGCGUGGUUCGGGGGCGAACUGGCGAAGGCGGGGAGCUCUGCUAACCCGCCGUACACGACUCGUCACGCUGCGGUGCUGUUGUUCAACUGCAUGCGGGAGCGAGAUCCUGCCGUACUGCUGCCCGCUUUGUCGGCUGCACUGGCGGGGGCGGAGACCGUCCGGGCGUUUGACGCAGCCCUCUUCACGCCCAUGCUCUCCGGCGGCGGUGUGCUACUGCCGGCGGGGGACACCGGAGGCAAGACAAAGUCGCACCCGCUGCAGCCGUCAUCGCCGUCGCCGUCCGUACAGUCGUCCGUACAGUCGUCUGUUCCUGCUACGGCGACGGGGACAGCGGUGGCGUCGCCUGCUACAGCCCCUGUCAAUGACCUCACCUUGCAAACCCGCAUGCGGGACAUCUGGGAGUCUAUUGAUGCGGCUGUACGGCAGCCGCCGCCUCCGGAGGCGGCAGUAGCAGAACCCCAUGGGCUGCAGCAGGGAGUUGGGACGCUGGGUUUGUAUAGCCGUGGCAACGGCAAGUGCCUAAAUGGUCUGCCGUACGCUUCAGUGGCAGAAUCUCUGCCGGCCGCGCUGGAGGCGUUGCGGGGUGCGGCUGCGGCCGACCCACGGGUCCAUGUUCAUGUGCUGGUGACUGGCUCCUUGUACCUGGUCGGGGAUGUGCUGCGGCUGCUGAACAGGGCCCCCAUGUAG